AUGGCGGGGAGGUCAAUGAGAAAGCAGAUUCAGCGGUGUUCCGGAUCGAUUUCGGAAAAAAGGCCUGAACAACGGCGCGUCCACCGAGGCCGUGCGGAAAGAUGGUGCAGACCAUGCUUCCAAAGUCAUGGAGAGCCAUGAAAUUCUACUUCACUACCGUGUAUCAAGAAAUAUGGGUUGGUGUGGCAUUAACAGCUUAUGUCUACUACAAAAUUUCAUAUGGUGGCAAAAAAGCAGUGGCAGACAAACCCUCUGGUGCUGGCCAUCAUUAAAGACCUCUUCUCUUCUUGGAGUAUGAAUCUGGUGGUUUGUCAUCUUCACUGUACAAGAAGCAAGUUACAACCAUAGGGAAGUUAAUUCUAAAACUGUACCUGAUCCAUCUGCUGUAAUUAGAGAAAGAAUAAAUACAUUGAGCAACAAGGAAUUAAACAUGUUGGACAAAGUA